AUGAAACUAUCAAAUUUAUCAUCAAUUGUAUUUAUCACAGGUUUAUUUUUAACGCAAGCAAUUGAUUCACCAUAUUUUAAUCGAUACGUUCGAUUACCAGUUUAUCAUAGAAAAAAUUCACUAAUAAAUACACCCAUAGGGGCGCUGUCGUCAAGUAAAGCUAAUCUAUAUUAUAAUAUACGGCAUGACUUGCUACCAAAAGCACAAAGUGGUGUUGUAAAUAUACAUGCAGAGAAACAAGCUCAGGUCCAAGCGAAAAAUUUAUCUCAAAUAUUAAGUGUACAACGGACGGGGGAAAUAAGUUCGAAAGAUUUACUUAAAAAGUCAUUAACGAUUAAUAAUGAUACACCACCAAGAUGGUCGGAAUUUUAUAGCGAAGAAGAACAUUUACGUACAUCAUCCCCACCACGACAAUUAUAUUAUAAUAAUCGACAACCCGUUACAUAUCAACAAAAUUAUCAUAAUCGAUCACCGAAAUCAUUAACUUUUCCGACGGCUACGGGAGGGAAUCAUGAUUUUAUUAAUAUCAACACAGAAGCGGGAUCAUUUCAAAUUAAACCAGAACAGUUGUUUGUUGAACAAUCGCAACGAAAUCAACUAGAUCAACAAAUUACGGCCGCGGCGUCAUCAAAUUAUAAUUUUAAUACAUCGUCGGAAAUUGUGCAGAAUGAGAAUAGCGAUUAUUGGUCACAACCAGUUUUGAAUCAUUUUGAAAACCAAGCAGAUAAUUCGAAUACCCGAGGAACAGAGGAUAAUGCUGCGUCGGUUGAUACGAGUAACUCGAGACGAUAUCCAUAUAUCGGAACAAACGCCCCUUCUCAUAUUCAUAAACAUACACCAAGAAAUCCAUUACCUCCACAACCGUAUAUAAAUGUUCCGCCACCCGGAUCUCCGAAUUAUUUUGCUGGUGGUAAUAACCCGGCUUCACCUGGAGUAAUUGCAUCAGCUUCAUCUACCACAGUUCCACGUACGGUUGGGAAUAGUUGGCGAUCUCGAGGACCACGUGUGAUUUUUCCAACCAAUAGUAUAGGUGGCGUAGGAGGAACACCAAAUGCGAAUAAUGAGUUCGUUACUUUUCGUGAUCAACCCGAUGAUAUUACCACAAACGAUUGGUUAACGGGUGAUGCAAAUUUACAGGAUUUAAAUGCUGGUCCUCCACCCCCGCCACCAACUGGUAUUAGUCAACCAGAACAAACCGCAAAUGACCGAGGUUGUGGAAUAUCACCAGCGAAGCAGACAGCUCAACGUCGUAUUGUUGGUGGUGAUGAAGCCGGUUUUGGAUCAUUUCCAUGGCAAGCAUAUAUCCGUAUUGGAACAUCUAGGUGUGGUGGCUCUCUUGUAUCAAGACGUCAUGUAGUUACUGCAGGUCAUUGUGUAGCGCGAGCAUCUCCUCGACAAGUCCAUGUCACACUUGGAGACUAUGUUAUAAAUUCUGCUGUGGAACCAUUGCCAGCUUAUACAUUUGGCGUAUCGUCAAUUCAGGUGCAUCCAUAUUUCAAAUUCACACCACAAGCUGAUCGAUAUGAUGUGGCUGUAUUACGUUUAGAUCGUCCGGCUCAUUCGUUACCACAUAUAGCACCGAUUUGUUUACCAACAAGCGGUGAAGAUUUUCUUGGACAAGUUGGUGUAGCCGCUGGAUGGGGUGCACUUUCACCUGGUUCACGCUUACGCCCACAGACCUUACAGUCAGUUCCAGUUCCUGUUUUAGAUAAUAGAGUUUGUGAAAGAUGGCAUCGAGCUAAUGGUAUAAACGUAGUCAUUUACGAUGAAAUGUUAUGCGCUGGCUAUAAACACGGCGGUCGAGAUUCAUGUCAAGGUGAUUCUGGCGGUCCGCUUAUGUUACAACGAGCUGGCCGUUGGUAUUUAAUUGGCAUUGUUAGUGCGGGAUAUUCAUGUGCACAGCCGGGACAACCAGGAAUCUAUCAUCGAAUAGCGCAUACUGUUCAUUGGUUAGCACGAAUGAUUGGAAUAUAGAAAAAAACAAAUUUUGUAAAACCGCAAAGUAAUUUUAUUCAAGUCAAAAUG